AUGGCCUUUCAAACGGCUCUGCUGCCCAACAUGGCAGCAGUAACAGCUGAGGUCUGGCCAACAGUCGCCAAAACCCUGGCGAUGCCAUGGACGACCAAGUCCGUGACAACCCGCGCAAGACCAUCGGCUUCUACCCGCGACGUCGACCCUGCGUCCUCCUCACGAUCAACUACUGAUCGGAUACCGAACCUCCCUGAUUUCCUGCGCAACUUCCAACCCAGCAGGUCUUCUCUGCCCAGCGACCAGCUCGUGCCUUACAAUAUCCGACCCAUGGUUGCCACCAUGCCAUCUUUCGCACUGGCUGUCGCAGCCAACCCCCUACUUCAACGGAAUGCUUUUCGUAUGGGUCCGCAAAACUCGACCAUCUCUACAACGAGACUGUUCUCGACAACGACUGUGCGCGCGGCGCAAUGCGGCGCAGCGGCUUCGCAACCAGUGUCUCCUCUCCAGGCGGUUUUCUCUCGUUGGUCUGUCCCAUCGCAUCGCGAUUCUUCGGUUACUGUUCGUCGCACUAUGGGUCUGUCGCCGUACGCUGGGCUCUUGCAGCGCCGGAGUUUCAGCAAUGGAGGCAUUUCUCGCAAUAUGUUGGCCAAUCUCGAAGCUGCUGCCAACCGGAACCCCAACAGUCCUACCGCACAAAAUGCUUUCUACCAGGUUCUUCUCAAGGCAAACAUGCCCGGAAUCAUUGUCGAACGUUACCAAUCGGGAAGAUAUGCCAAGAAUCAAGCCGUUGAGGACGUCUACGCCAAGGCCUUGUCUAUGAUUAAUGGUAACAAGGUUGCUGACGUUGGUGCUAUCGAUGGCCACGCCAGCGGGCUUAAUCAGUCCCAACUUCAAGCAAUCGGCCAGGCUGUCGCUGCUAGCGCCAAGGGAGGCAACAUCGCGGUAUCUACUCAAGGUUCUGGUGGCAAACAGGGGCCUAUCCACGUCGUCGUGGACGAGUCUCUCGGUUCCACAAUCUUCAAAUGGGUUAGAUUCCUUAUGAUCUUCGGUUUCGUCUGCUACUUUAGUCUGGUUGUUGUUACCAUGAUUGUCGAGAGCUUCAACUCCUUCAAGCGAACCGGCACUGCCAGGGCUGAUGCUGAGGUCAAGGCCGAGAGCCAGAAGGCCCGCUUUGCUGACGUCCACGGGUGUGACGAGGCCAAGGAGGAGCUUCAGGAAAUCGUCGAGUUCCUCAAGAACCCCGACAAGUUCUCGACUCUGGGCGGCAAGCUGCCAAAAGGUGUUCUUCUGGUCGGCCCCCCUGGCACUGGCAAAACUCUCCUGGCACGAGCUGUCGCCGGUGAAGCUGGCGUUCCCUUCUUCUACAUGUCUGGCAGCGAGUUCGACGAGGUCUAUGUUGGUGUCGGUGCGAAGAGAGUCCGUGAUCUCUUCAAUGCCGCCAGGUCCAAGUCCCCAGCAAUUAUCUUCAUCGAUGAGCUGGACGCUAUUGGAGGCAAGAGAAACACAAGGGACAGUACUUACGUUAAGCAGACCCUCAACCAGCUUCUGACCGAGCUGGAUGGAUUCGAUCAGAGCAGUCAGGUUAUCAUCAUCGCGGCAACAAACUUCCCGAAGCUUCUCGACAAGGCCUUGACUCGUCCAGGUCGGUUCGACCGUCACGUCUCAGUCGACUUACCUGAUGUUCGAGGACGACUGGCCAUCUUGCAAUACCACUCCAAGAAGGUCAAGCUGGCCGAGAACAUCAACUUGCAGGAGCUGGCCCAAGGCACUUCUGGGCUGUCUGGCGCCGAGCUUGAGAACAUCGUGAACUCUGCCGCUAUCCAUGCCAGCAAGAACAAGUCGGCGUUCAUUUCGAUGAAAGAUCUUAUCUGGGCCAAGGACAAGGUCGUCAUGGGUGCUGAGAAGAAGAGCAUGGUCAUCAGCGAGAAGGAGAAACUUAUGACUGCCUACCACGAGGCUGGCCAUGCUUUGGCGGCUUUGUAUACCGCAGCUCAGCCGAUUGCGUUAUACAAGGUUACGAUUCUUCCGCGCGGUGGAUCUCUUGGUCACACCGCUUUCCUCCCAGAGAUGGACAAGCACUCUUGGACCACAUCAGACUACCAUGCCAGGAUCGACUGUGCGAUGGGUGGUAAGGUGGCCGAGGAAAUUGUUUACGGCAACGACCUGGUGACCUCAGGUGUCAGUGGUGAUCUCAAUAACGCCACCGACCUCGCAUUUCAAAUGGUUGCUUACUUUGGAAUGGGCGGUGGAGGUCUAGCUCCUAUGGACUUUGGGUCUCGAUACAACAAUCUGAGCCCAGCAACCAGGGAGCAGGUCGAGAGGGAAGUGCAGAAGAUGCUGAACGAGUCGUACGGUCGCACCCGAGAGAUGCUGGUUGCAAAGCGGAAGGAGCUCGAUCGGCUGGCGGAAGCCCUCGUCGACUACGAGACUCUGGACAAAGCGGAGGUAUUGAAGGUGAUCAAAGGCGAGUCACUAACAGAUCGCAUAAAAAUACCGAGGGAUAAACCCAUGACGGUCCCGAUACCAGCAAAUCCCCUCGAGGGCCUCUCUCCUAUCGGUGGAGGGGCGCAGGAAGGCGGGUCUGAGCCACCACCACCCGCACCCCCUGCUUCAGUAUAG